CAGCAGACAGUAGAGCACCUGCGCCUCCAGCAUUAUUCACAUCAGAUUGUAUAUGAGCUCUACUUGUAUGACCAAACCAUCGAAUAUAAACCGUGUUCAAGUCGAAACAACAGAUUUCAAGACCUUAGCUAAUUUCCUUUUAAAUCGUUGUAAGGAAACCUGUAUUGUGAAAAUGAGAAGAUAAAUAUUUUCUCAACCCACACGUUUUCUCUAUCUAUGACUAAAUCCCACUCUCUGACCUGCCAUUGUACGUUUGACCUCAACCUGCCCUACGAAAAGGACUUCCUAGAAUAUCUCCCUCACCCAUUGCCAAAACAGACAUUUUCAAAUGCCAAAAAACAGCAAAGCGGUCAAGAGAGAGAUUGACGAUGACGAAGUUACGGAAUCUGUCAAAGAUUUGCUCUCCAAUGAAGACAACUGUGAGGACUCUUUCAAGAAGAGCUCUCUAAUCGUAGGAGAUGUUCCACAGAAUAAGGAGCGGGAUGUUGAGGAGGGUUCAGAGGAGGAGGAGGAGGAGGAGGAGGAGGAGGAAGAGGAAGAGGAAGAGGAGGAGAGGCCCGCCUGGAGCAGCAAGCUCCAGUACAUCCUUGCCCAGGUGGGCUUCUCAGUGGGCCUGGGAAACGUCUGGAGGUUCCCCUAUUUGUGCCAAAAAAAUGGUGGCGGAGCGUAUCUGGUUCCCUACCUCAUUCUGCUGGUGGUGAUAGGCAUUCCCCUCUUCUUCCUGGAGCUAGCAGUGGGCCAGCGUAUCCGUAGGGGCAGUAUUGGGGUGUGGAACUACAUCAGCCCACGUCUGGGUGGCAUCGGCUUCGCCAGCUGUUUGGUGUGCUUUUUUGUGGCUCUUUACUACAAUGUCAUCAUCGGCUGGAGUCUCUUCUACUUCUCACAGUCCUUCCAGCAGCCUCUUCCUUGGAACGAGUGUCCCCUGGUCAAAAACGAAACUAAUACAUAUGUCGAACCAGAGUGUGAGAAAAGUUCAGCCACUACGUACUACUGGUAUCGUGUGGGCCUGGACAUCUCUGAUUCCAUCUCUGAGAGCGGAGGACUUAACUGGAGGAUGACUCUGUGCCUGCUGGCUGCUUGGACCAUGGUGUGUCUUGCUAUGAUGAAGGGUAUACAGUCUUCUGGAAAGGUGAUGUACUUCAGCUCUCUCUUCCCCUACGUGGUGCUUAUUUGUUUCCUGGCUCGUGCUUUCCUGCUCAAGGGUUCUAUUGAUGGCAUCAUCCACAUGUUUACACCAAAGCUGGAAAUCAUGCUGGAACCCAAAGUGUGGCGUGAAGCUGCCACGCAGGUCUUUUUUGCCCUGGGCCUUGGUUUCGGUGGAGUUAUUGCCUUCUCCAGCUACAACAAGCGAGACAACAACUGCCACUUCGACGCUGUGCUGGUCUCCUUCAUUAACUUCUUCACCUCAGUGUUGGCCACUCUGGUCGUUUUUGCUGUUCUGGGCUUCAAAGCUAACAUCAUGAAUGCCAAAUGUGUGGAAAUGAACACAAAGAAGAUCGUUGAUUUUCUUGGAAAAGAAAUCUAUCCAAGCUUGAUCCCUCACCAUAUUAACCUUAGUAAUGUUAGCCCUGAGGACUACCAGCAGAUGACCAGCAUUAUCCGGGGCGUGAUGGAAAACGAUUACCCGGGCCUAGGCUUAGACAGCUGCGAUAUCAAAGAAGAGCUGAACAAGGCAGUGCAGGGAACAGGCUUGGCCUUCAUCGCCUUCACUGAAGCCAUGACCCAUUUCCCAGCCUCACCUUUUUGGUCCGUCAUGUUCUUCCUUAUGUUGGUCAAUCUGGGGCUGGGCAGCAUGUUCGGCACUAUCCAGGGCAUCCUCACCCCCAUUGUGGACACCUUCAAAAUACGGAAGGAAUACCUCACAGUUGGUUGCUGUGUACUUGCCUUCUGUAUUGGUUUAAUCUUUGUCCAGCGAUCUGGGAACUACUUUGUAGCCAUGCUUGACGAUUAUUCCGCUACACUGCCUCUUCUCAUCGUGGUUCUUCUGGAGAACAUUGCUGUGGCCUGGGUGUAUGGCACCGACAAGUUCUUUGAGGAUCUGAAGGACAUGCUUGGUUUCACUCCAUACCGCUUCUAUUACUAUAUGUGGAAGUUUAUCACACCAGUGCUGCUGCUGGGUCUUCUGGCCACAAGCAUCAUUCAGCUGGGACUGUCCCCACCUAGCUACAGCGCAUGGAACCAGCAACUGGCUCAAGAACAGUCUCUCAGCUAUCCGCCCUGGGGCCUUGCUGUCUGCAUCUCACUGGUGGUUACCGCCAUCCUCCCUGUGCCUGUGGUUUUUAUUCUGGGCUAUUUGAAUGUCAUUGACGAGAACGCAGGAGGCCUGUCAAAUGUCUCCUAUAAAAAAGGCAGUAUUAUAAAAGACACUGCUUGUAGGACCAGAGAAGAGGACGAAGAUGACACAAGUCUUCUCAAUGCGAAGACGCCGAGCGAAGCCCCGUCACCCAUGCCAGCCAAUUACUGGAAGCAGAGCGGUCCUGCUUCGAGCGCAGACGUCAUGUUUAACGGUAGCUGCAACGCUGGAUACAUAAUGCCGAAUAUUACAGACAUUCUGGAAUCUGAUUUGUGAGGACCUGUUCAGCCUUAUCUGUAACUGUGAGGACCAGUGUCAUUUCAUUUGCCCUGUAAGAACCUCUUCAUCUAGUUCCUGAGCUUCAAAUGUCAGUCAUCCGAGUAACCAAUCACAGUUCAUUGAGAUGAAUGUUAACGCUAGCAGCCAGUGUUCUCCUAUAGACCUCUUCUAAUAGCCAACUUCCUUUCAAAGGAAAUUUCAACAUUUCUAAAUGUAAUAUAUGUGUACUAAUGCGCCCCCCUACCCCCAUCCCAAUCCAUUGGCCCAACUGUUGCACGCACUUAUCCCCCUCUGUAGGGGCCUGUAGACCUCUGGGUUUAUGCUCUACUGUAGAAUGGCUAUUUGUACAGAUUAUGCUGCAAGUCAGGACAGUUACGGUCCACAAAAUUCAAGAUUAGAAGCAUUUUAGCAGCUUUGGAAAAGUCUAGAAUGUAAAUGAACAUUCAUGUAGAAUGUCUA